CCUCCUUCUUCAUCUUUUCUCUCUCGCAAAAAGCUUCGAAAAGCCUCUCAAGAUGGUUAACACUCCUCAUGGUGGUGUCCUCAAGGACCUUGUUGCGCGAGACGAACCCAUUUCUGCGCAAUUGAGAGCAGAAGCUGAUACCCUCCAAAGUAUCACCUUGACCGAGCGUCAACUUUGCGACCUCGAACUCAUCACCAAUGGUGGAUUCAGCCCUCUUGAAGGCUUUUUGAACGAGAAGGAUUACACCAGCGUCGUUGAGAACUUGAGGUUGGCCGAUGGCACUCUUUUCCCAAUUCCCGUCAACCUCGACGUGUCCAAGGAGGACAUUGAGGCCUUGAACAUCGUCCCUGGUGCCCGAAUUGCUCUCCGAGAUCCUCGAGAUGACCAGGCUCUCGCUAUCAUCACUGUCGAGGAUGUCUACAAGCCCGACCAGGUCAACGAGGCCAUCAAGGUCUUUGGUGACGACGAUCCUGCUCACCCCGCCGUUGCCUACCUGCGCAACCGUGUCAAGGAGUUCUAUGUCGGCGGCAAGCUCCAAGCCAUCCAAGCCCCGACCCACUUCGACUAUGUCGCCCUCCGCUACACCCCCGCCGAAUUGCGAUCCCACUUCAAGAAGCUCGCCUGGAGGAAGGUCGUCGCUUUCCAGACUCGCAACCCCAUGCACCGUGCCCACCGUGAACUCACUGUCCGUGCUGCCCGCCAGCGUCAAGCCAACGUCUUGAUCCACCCCGUCGUCGGUCUCACCAAGCCGGGCGAUGUCGACCACUAUACCCGUGUCCGUGUCUACGAGGCUAUCAUGAAGAAAUACCCCAACGGCCUCGGCCACCUCGCCCUCCUCCCCCUCGCCAUGCGCAUGGCUGGUCCCCGUGAAGCCGUCUGGCACUCGAUCAUCCGCAAAAACUACGGUGCUUCCCACUUCAUCGUUGGCCGUGACCACGCUGGUCCUGGCAAGAACUCCAAGGGCGUCGACUUCUAUGGUCCUUAUGAUGCUCAAGAGCUCGUGUCCAAGUACCGCGAGGAACUCAACAUCGAGAUGGUCCCCUUCCAGCAGAUGACCUACCUCCCCGCCACCGACGAGUACCAGCCCGUCGACGAGGUCCCCAAGGGUGUUCAGACCCUCGACAUCUCCGGUACUGAGCUCCGAAGGCGUCUCAAGACUGGUGCUCCCAUUCCCGACUGGUUCUCUUAUGAGGAAGUCGUAAAGGUCCUACGAGAGAGCUACCCCCCACGAAACAAGCAAGGUUUCGUCCUCCUCCUCACCGGUCUCCACAACUCUGGCAAAGACAUCAUCGCCCGAGCUCUGCAGACCACCCUCCACCAACAGGGCGGCCGAAGCGUCUCCCUCCUCCUCGGCGAAACCGUCCGACAGGAACUCUCGUCCGAACUCGGAUACUCGGCUGAAGACCGACACACCAACCUCCAGCGUAUCGCUUUCGUCGCCUCUGAGCUCACCCGCGCUGGUGCAGCCGUCAUCGCUACCCCUACCGCUCCCUACGAGCGAUCCCGACAGGCCGCCAAGAACACCAUCUUGCAGAAUGGUGGACCCGGUGCCAACUUCUUCCUCGUUCACGUCAACACCCCUCUGGAGUACGCUGAGAAGACUGACCGAAGGGGUCUGUAUGCCAAGGCACGCAGGGGAGAGAUCAAGGGCUUCACUGGCGUCGAUGACGUCUACGAGACUCCUUCCAAGGCUGACUUGACUGUCGAUGUCUCCACUCAGACUAUCCCUGAGAUCGUCCACAGCAUCGUCCUCCUUUUGGAGACCAACGGUUUGCUGUAA